AUGUCUCUGUCUCUCUCCCUUCAAAAUCUUUCUCUCUCUCUCUCCCUUUCAAUUGCUUUUCUGCGUUCGUUCUCUUUUUCAUGCCAUAUUUUGUUUCUCUUGCUCACUCCUUCCUACUCUUUACUUUCUUUCUUUCUUUCUUUCUUUCUAUUUCCUCUCUUUCUCUCUAUUUUCUUAGUUAUAUCCCAGUCUCAAUCCAUUCUUUCUUUCUUUCUUUCUAUCUUUUUUUGUUGGUUCUCUUUUUGUCCCCUAGUUUGUCUCUCUCACACCCCCUUCCCAUUAUUUCUUUCUUUAUUCUUUUCUUUCUUUCAUAUUUCCUCUCUUUUUCAUCCUAUAUUUUCUUCGUCGAUACUUAUUUUAUUCUUUAGCUUUUCUAUCUCUCUACCUCUUUCUCACCCUUUCUUUCUUUCUUUCUUUCUUUCUUUCUUUCUUUCUUUCUUUCUUUCUUUCUUUCUUUACUUCAUCGUUACCUUCCCUAUUUUCUUUCUUUCAUUUUUCCUUUCUUUCUUUUUUCUUUCUUUCUUUACUUCAGCUUUCCGUUCUCUAUUUUCUUUCUUUCUUUCUUUCUUUCUUUCUUUCUUUCUUUCUAUUUCCUCUCUAUUUCUCUCUCUAUUUUCUUAUCUAUUUCUUCCUUUCUUUCUUUCUUUCUUUCUUUCUUUCUUUCUUUCUUUCUUUCUUUCUUUCUUUCUUUCUUUCUUUUCUUUUCUUUCUUCAUCAAAUUUCGUUUUCGCUUUCUUUCUCUGUCUCCACCUUUCAGUCUCUCCUUUCUCUCUCUCUCUCUCUCUCUCUCUCUUACAAACACACUUUUCUUUUCAGCAUUUUUCUUAA